AUGCCUUUGCUCAUUCAGAAUGUUAGCUUGGAGCGUGUAACAUCGACUGCAGAACUCUUCGCCAAAUAUCCACAUUUACAGGAGAAUGCAAAAGCCUUUCGCUCUCAGCCUCUCACAGAUGUUGACCCCAAGUGCCUCCUGUAUGUCCAACAGAGAGAGUUUGCUGUAACGACACCAGCUGAUAAUAGUGUUUCAGUGAUUGGAUCUGAGGAUGCUACCACCUGCCAUUUGGUUGUGCUACGGCAUACAGGAAGUGGAGCUGCUUGUCUUGCGCACUGCGAUGGUUCCAACACUUGUGCCGAAGUCUCACUAUUUAUCAAAUCAGUCACAUCUCUGAGUAGCUGUUGCAAUGAUGGCAGUAGACUUGAACUCCAUCUUGUUGGUGGAUUUAAUGACGAAGCAAUGACCUCCCAUGAACUCAGCCUUAAUAUACUGGGAGCCUUCCAUCAACUUAAAGAUGAUAUCCAUCUGGAAACCUGUUGCAUCACAGAAAUGAAUGAUGUAGUCAUCAAUGCUGUUCAUAGACCUGCAGUUUAUGGAGUUGGUGUAAAUGUUAAAACUGGCAAAGUAUACCCCGCUGCUUUUCCUUGUAAAGGACCAGCUGAGGAUCUACGGUCAGCACGCACCUUCACAGGGGGUCAGAUGGUUGACAUUUACGACUUUAGUCGGGAACUUGUACAAGUUGGACCUUGCAAGUGGUCUCCCAAUAUGGAAAUUGCCUUUUGGUUGGCGCAGGAUGAUGCCAUCAUUUUAAAGUACUUGUCUACAUCGCCAAAUGCUGAACCACCACACUUUGUCCGCCACAUCAAAUCCACCAUCCAGUUCCUCCUAAAGCACCCAAACGCUGACGAUCUCUUCCCUGGGGGUCAGCCACAGCUCUACCACAGGACUGAAAGUGGUGAUUGGGACAGGGUUACCAUUCAAGUUGAAUCUUGA